AUGCAUGCCACGCGUGCCGCCUCAGAAAAGUUAAAUGCGAUGGAAGUCGUACUGUUGGCAGGGCUGGCAUCCAAACGCAGACGCCUCGAACUAGCGCCCUUGCCCCGCGCCUCGGCCACACCACCAUCACAGCCACGAAUAGCCUCGAUUGAGACGCCAUUGACGCCAAGCACCGAAAAAACCGUGCCAAUCAGUGUGCCAAACUCGGGAUCGGAGCCUGAGGUGGAACGAGACCAAGACCAAGAUCAAGACCCUGAACAGAAUCGUGCCUUUUACACAGCGCAUGGUCGGUUUGCCGGUCAAGUAGCCGCCGCAAUAGAUAUCAGGGCAGGGUUUGCCCCAGCUGCCACUUGCAACCUCGUCCCGUUUGUAAACGCACCGCUAUUUGGAGAUGUAGACCUUCAUACUCCUUAUCGCGUCCUCAACUUUGCUACCGAACUACCUCCUCGUUUGUACGCUGACAAACUGGUGGGCAUUUACUGGCAAUAUGUUGAUCCUAUGGAGCCUAUAUUGGAUCGUGUCCGUUUCUUCCGCGACUAUGACGCAUACUACGCUAAACCUGGCGCACCUCUCGGUACGGAUCGCGAUAUCUGUCUCAGUAUAUUCAAUAUUGUCUUCGCGCUAGCCGUUCAGAGACAGGAGUUCUUAGCCAUGGAGAAGCGUGACGACGAGGCGAACCGAUACUUCCAGCAUGCCUGGGCACUUUUACGACCGGAAGUGGUCCUUUGGCAACCCGGAUCUCUCGAACUCGUUCAGUGUCUGAUGCUGAUGAAUCGUUAUCUUCACUGUACAAAUAAUCAACAACAGACGUGGAUGACAGCUGGCCUGGCGAUUCGCAUCGCUCAGAGCAUAUGCUGCCACCUUCCAGAGUCCACUUCUUCAAACACAGAAACCUUGCAAGAUCAACAGCUAAGACACAAAGUAUGGAGGAGCUGUGUCGCACUCGAUAGAUGCGUAUCCUGGUCGUUGGGCAGGACAUCAGCGCCCCCUUUAAAUCCCAUCCCAGGCCGGGCCGGGCUCACGUCCGCGACCGAAUAUAACGACCAGAAAAGUAGGCACUCUCAGGAGGUGUCGCGCGAGCUGGAACUCUUCGAAAUUGGAAGCCAAAUACAAAUCGCGCAGACGCAAACGCGCAACGCGGUGGCCGCCAAGCUGGGUCUGCCGCGUCUGUAUCAGCAGGACGAGUACCACGCUGUGGCAGUGCAAUUAGAUACAAGUCUCAACACAUGGGAGAGCAACCUUCCCACCGACUGGCAGUUGCAGAAUCUACACAUGGUCGGCGAUAGGGCGAUUCGAGCAGAGCGAUAUCUCCUUCAUCUUCGUUUGCUACACAACCGAAUCUUCCUGUGUCGACCGCUCCUCGCACGCUACUACUCGAUGAGAACCCAAUCACCCACUUCGCCCACAAGACAGACACCAUGUGGUCUAAGUGACCGCCUACUCAAAGAAUGCGCCGUACUGUGCGUAGAGGCCUCGCAGAAAGUAGCAUCGUUGGUCCAAGAGACCCUUGAACCGAACGAGCCGUUUGGCCUUCUUCCCUGGUGGUGCCGCGUCUAUUACCUCCACAUUGCGGGCGUCAAUUUCUUGGCCGCCAUGUUUUCACCAGACUUGUACACCGAGUCAGUAUCACAAUCAUGGCAAAGUGUCCUGGCGUCACUCCGAUCGCACCAGCACCUGAGCAUAUAUGUGCAACAUUGCAUGCGAACGUUUGAAACGCUUUCCGCGAGAAUCUUGCAGACGCGCAAUCCGAAAGCAGAUGAGGGCGGCAAUGUUUCCACGGAAGAGGAUGCUUGCAAUUUCUUCAUGGAAGAGUUGGUGCCGCCUGACGUGACUUUUGAUUUUGACAAUUUCUUGUUCGGUACGGAAGAUUUCAUUGACCUACAGCGGUAUUGA